GUCAGUUGUAUCGAAAAAUUUCACUCACUCAUCUCCACGGGAUCGUUGCGAAAAUGAAGACCGUUGCCGUUGCAGUCGUUGCAUGUGCUGCGCUCUCAUUGAGAAGUAGUAUCCAGCUCUCGCCAGCAGCAGCAGAGGCUCCACUCCAAAGUGAAGUUGCUGCGCAAGCGCAAGCACUACAGAAACUUAAUGCGGAGAUCGCUGAGCUACGUCGACAGCUGCAAACAGCAGGAGCAAAGGAGCAGGCUGCAAGUGGAAUCUCUGCAGUUUCUGGGGUCCAAAUGGGUAUAAGUUAUCCGGGCACUGCGGGAGCCGUACCCCUCGAAGGCGCCGCAGGGGCACCGGCAACAACGGCUCAAAAAACUCCCCUGAUUAUUGUAGCUCCAAAGCGGAUGAUGAGUUUCAAUAAUCUGUACGACAAAAUGGUUUUGGAGGCGCAAACGAUGGGCACCGAAGCUAACUCACUUAUGAAAACACAAGAUGACUCCUUAACUGAUCCGGCAGAGAGACUGAAGAUGUUAAGGAAGGAAGAGGAAGAGGCCGCUAAAAUGGAAGCCUUCUACAAGGCCGAUGAGGCAGAAAUAAAUUAUGCGACUAAAGAAUACCCAAAAGGUCUGCUGGGACGCGCAAAAUCAUUUUUGCACGACCUGCAACACUGAGCAUAUGCAUGAAGACACUGUGAACCAGCUACUGCAUGCGGGGUCCGGCCGCACUUGUCGACGUUCCUAAGCGGCCAAAUCAGUGAAUACUUUGUACAGUGUUACUUCAUGGUCUACACUCAACCUUACUAAACAACGUGCGUUCUGCCAGUGGCAACCAUUCCGUUUCAAGUCGACUUCGUGCUGA